CUUUACUUUAUCUACGCCUUCAUCAUUCCUCUCAGUGUCAGUGUUUUUUUGAGGCUCAUAUCUACAGGUCCGGGCUGCCGAUUCGAAAAAAGCCCUCCCUUUAUACUUGGGCGUAAAGGUCCAACAAUCGUACUCACCUUGAAACCACAUCGAUUUACCAUUGGUUAUUAUUUCAGGAUGUCAGAUCACACGCAACUGCCCGGCGUCACCACGGGGCCUCUGACCACAUUCCACCCGUUUCCGAGGCUACCCUGGGAAUUACGCAAUGAGAUUUGGAAGCAGUCUAUCCGCCCACUUGACCGCCCUGGGGCCCAUAUCUUUUGCAUAGAAGAGCGGAAGUCGGAAGAUUCUGAACCCAAAGAAUGCGACGUGAUCUGCAACCCAAUCCCUCUGGAAUCUGGCGACUCCAACCUUCACAUUAGAGUUCCGGCCGCAACUAUAUCGGCCGGACCCGCUGGUAACCCAUCCACAUACAUGAUCGAUGGUGGACUUUGGACUGCCUGCAAGGAAUCACGAGCGGUAAUGGAAAGGGUGUUCAGGCACCGGAUGUGGGAUCCCAAGAGGAGGGCCUACCUAGAGUACAUGCGAGCACUACAACACCUUACUCCAGCUCUCGAAGACCCAUAUAAAGGAUUAGAACACGAAACCGAUUUGAUGCCGGCCACAGGAUUCUUUCUAUCGGCACCAGAGUCUUCUUCAUCGUCGUCAUUCACUCGAACGACCAAAGCAGACGGACCCAAUCAUCGAGUCACAACCUCCCCACAUUAUUUCAGUGUCUUUCCCCAUAGAGAUCUCUUCAUAAUGCGGCCUUCAUCGUGGAAGAUAAAAAACAUGUGGUUUCAGCUCCAAUUUGGCUUCCCCCUUGGCUUGAAGACAUGGGGAUACUUCGGAUUCGGUGGAAAACAUGGUCUCGCAUUUGAGUACGACCCGAUCUGGGAGCAAGAGCCUUAUUCUCGUGAUCAUACAGGAAAGGUUAUUAUUAUUAGUGCCUACGACAGAAUGACUUCGACCAUCCAACAACUCUCACUCUCGGACACGGACACUGUCUGGUUCAUUGAUUAUCGACUCAAGCUCAAGGAGAACACACCAACAGACAAGACAGAGCCCAGUGAUAACCAAAAGGUGUUCUAUGGGUACGAUGGACGUCGAUAUGUUGAGGUGUAUUCCAAGUACGUUGAGGGAGGUGGCGACCGUCUCCCAUGGUUUUAUACCGAGGGUCUUGAGGGUGAGGACUCGUCUUCCCGCGAAGGGUCUUGCCAUUAUUUCAUCGCAACGGUUGAAUUUGGUUUAACCAUGGAGUUCUUGAACGAACUGUCGGAAAACGAAUGGGACAUGGAUGAUCAAGAAAGGCACGGCCCAGCGUUGGGACUUCUUGCUUGCUUGCGUUAAGCCUACUCGAAAUACGUCGACAAUGGAUUCUUUUGAAGUGUCAAUCAGCUCUUGUACUUAGUAGAUCUCAUUGACAUUGGUGUUUGUGGUCUUGCGUUAUCCUGUUGCACCGAAUUUUAUUGUUGGGUUCUUACAUCCACCUAGGUAGAUUGACAUGAUCUCUCUGAGUAGUGAAGCCAAAGGUUUCCUGUUU